UGUGGGCACAGGUGGGUGGCACUGGUGGGCACAGGGGGGUGGGCACAGGUGAGUGGCACUGCUGGGCACAGGUGGGUGGCACUUCUGUGCACAGGUGUGUGUGACACUGCAGAGAGGCACAGGUGGGUGCACUGCUGGGCACAGGUGGGUGAUCUGCUGGGCACAGGUGGGCGGAAACUUGCGGGUGGUGGCACUGCUGGGCUCACCGUUCAUCAGGGCACUGAUCAUCAGUGCCCUGAUGAUCGGUGCCGAUCCCCGCUCUGACAACUGCCGGUUCUCGGCAGUACUUUUCCUCACGAUCUGACACAGCGUGAGGAAAGUGCAGCCGAGAACCGGCACUUGCAU